CUUAACUUUCAUUUGCAGAUUACUGUUGGAGAUACUUUUGAGGAACUUGUGAAUGGAUCAGUGCCAAUGUACCAGCAACCAAGGCUGCUAUUUUGUGUAAGGUGGUUAUGUACCACUGAAGCUACAAGCUCUCCAUGUCGUACAAUGGAGCACCACAUUUUAAAGCAAAUAAUUUGGAGGACCUAUCCAAUCAUCUUCUGUAAUUUGUAUUUUAAUGUUAGGUGAAGUGGUGACUACAAUUUUCAUAUGUGGAUAUACACAGUAUAUCCAGGUAUACUCCAAGUAGCUAGACAGUACUGGAACACUGAGAGAUGCAUGAGAACAUGGAGAGCGAACAAAGUCUUCUGGUUCCCAGUGCUGUGGACAGCUAUGCAUGGGGUGAGAGUAACUGGGAAGGACCUCAUCCUAGCCACUCGACCUCUCAGAGCAGCAGGAACUUGCCACUCAUAUGCCGUCCCUGGCGUUUGUGGCACAGAGCCACGCUGUGUUUUGCAGGCUCAAGAAAAGCCUCUUGGAGGCGGUAUAUUCUUGGAGCAGCAAUUGUUAUCAUUGUGGUGGUGAUUUACUCAGUCAGUGAGUCAUCUCACCGCUCAUUGAUGAGCUUUGUUUUUUGUUCCAGCCUGGUACGUGGCCGCCCACCUGAAUCAUUGUUCCGCUGCAACAAUCUGGCCAAUGCCUCUCUUCCUCGUCUCCGCGUCCCCCCAAAGACCAUUGAGAAUAGAUUACGUGAAGAUCCCAAGGUGUUGCUCUUUACAGAAACACGGUACUCAAAAACUGGGAAAGAUAUCACAAAUAUCCUUGUUGCAAAUAGAAUCAAGUAUAAAAUGGAAGUUUUGGGUAAGUCUCUACCUGGACUCACCAACCUGUCAAGAGGUAAAUAUGGUACAAUAAUAUUUGAGAACUUUGAACGCUACCUCCAAAUUGACCCUUGGAAUCGGGAACUCUUGGACAAGUAUAUGCGUGAUUACAAUGUUGGAAUGAUUGGCUUCAUGCCUUCACAUGAAGACACUCAAGUUGGAGCUAAACUCAGGGGCUUCCCACUCUACGUACACACUAACAUGGCAUUAGAGAAUAUCAGCCUAAACAGUGAAAACCCGGUACUACAGUUGACCAGAGCUGGUGGAACAAUCACAGACAACGUGCCAGGAUCAGAAUGGACAGUGUUUUCACUAGAUGACCCAACCUAUGUGCCAUUAGAAUGGGGUUACUCGAGUGUCCCUCACUUUUCAGAAGAGAAGUUGGUCUCCAUCAUUCUUGACAAAGGUGACUUUGAUGGAAUAUCUCGAGUUUUAUUUGGGAACAGCUUGGAGUUCUGGUUGCACCGGCUGCUGUUCCUUGAUGCCGUAUCCUACCUCAGCAUGGGGCGCAUCUCUGUUUCUCUGGAUCGCUAUGUCCUGGUUGACAUAGAUGACAUUUUUGUGGCAAAGAAAGGGAUACGUAUGACUGCAGAUGAUGUAAUGGCUCUUCUGGAAUCUCAAAAUCGUCUUCAAGAAAUGGUUCCAGGCUGGAAAUUUAACCUGGGAUUCAGUGGCAAGUAUUACAAGAAUGGCUACCCUGAAGAGAAUGUUGGAGAUAUGACACUGUUAGAGCAUGUGAAUGAUUUCUGGUGGUUUGGUCACAUGUGGGGUCACACACAGCCUCACUUACUCACACAAACAGACCUCGAGGAACAGAUGGAGCUCAAUAAGCAGUUUGCUGUUAGCCACAAUAUACCAACUGACUCGGGAUAUGGUGUAGCCCCUCAUCAUUCAGGUGUAUAUCCUGUCCAUGAGCCACUGUAUGAUGCCUGGAAGAAAGUGUGGAAUGUGCGUGUUACAUCCUCAGAAGAAUAUCCUCACUUGUAUCCUGCUCGUCUUCGGAGGGGUUUUAUUCACAGAAAUAUUAUGGUGCUACCAAGACAAACUUGUGGCUUAUUCACUCACACUGUAUUUAUAGACAAGUAUCCUGGGGGACGUGAAGUACUUGAUGCCAGUAUCCAUGGAGGGGAGCUCUUCCAAACUAUUGUGUUCAGUCCAGUUAGCAUCUUCAUGACUCACUUAAGUAACUAUGGCAAUGACCGGCUGGCCUUGUAUACAUUUGAAUCUAUCAUCAAGUUUGUGAAAUGCUGGACAAACCUCAACCUACGCACUGUACCACCACUUCAGCUCGGAGAGAAAUAUUUCCAUCUCUUUCCAGAAGAGAGAGAUCCCAUUUGGGGUUAUCCAUGUGCAGACCGGCGACACCUGGAGAUUUGGGCCAAGGAGAAGACCUGUGAACAGCUACCCAAGUUUUUGGUAAUUGGUCCACAGAAAACAGGAACAACAGCUCUUUACACAUUCCUUGCCAUGCACCCUGCCAUUGUGGCCAACUAUCCAUCACCUGAAACAUUUGAGGAAGUCCAAUUUUUCAAUGGGAAGAAUUAUUAUAAGGGGAUUGAUUGGUAUAUGAAGUUCUUCCCAGUUCCAGCCAAUUCUUCCAGCAAGUUUUUGUUUGAGAAGAGUGCCACAUACUUUGAGGGAGAAACAGUGCCACAGAGAGUUAGAGCUCUCCUACCCAGUGUCAAGUUGGUGAUCACAAUCAUUCCUCCUAGCAAGCGAGCGUAUUCUUGGUAUCACCACAUGCGUGCUCACAAUGAUCUCACAGCCCUACAGUAUAAUUUCCAUGAGGUGAUCACAGCUACAGAGAAAAUGCCACGACAACUCAGGACUUUGCGCAACAAAUGCUUAAUUCCUGGAAUGUAUGCUAAACAUAUAGAAAGAUGGCUUGACUACUUCCCUGCCUCACAGCUGACUAUCAUUGAUGGAGAGGAGCUCAGAAAUGACCCAGUGUACAUUAUGAAUGAUCUUCAAAAGUUCCUCAAUAUUGAGCCAUUUUACAACUACACUGAGCACUUAAGGUAUGACAAAAGGAAAGGUUUCUUCUGCCAGGUGAUAGAGGAAGACAAGACUAAGUGUUUGGGCAGGGGAAAGGGUCGUGUCUAUGCCCCUAUGAAUGAAUCCGAUGCUAAAUUACUGAAGGAAUACUAUCAACCCUACAACAUAGCACUGGAGAAGCUUCUAACCCGACUUGACUACCCAGUACCUGGCUGGCUGGAAGAUGAGUUGCAAUAGAUAUCACAGUAGGAGUAGGGGGAUGGGGGCAACAAACUUGCCAGGCAGAGUAAUGCUUAGCAAAUUAUAUUUAGUGUACAUCUUUAUGGGUGAUAUUCACUCAAGGAGGUGUAUGGUAGCUUCGUUAUUUGGUCAUUAACUCUCGUAAUAUUAUGAGGGAUUUAAUGGCUUUCGUGCAGAAGUCAUUUAUUUAUUGCUAUAAUUUUAGUGUAAUUUAACUUUUCCAGAAAUAAAACAGAUCUUUAUAAAUCUUUAGCAGAUAAAAUUGAAGACUCAAGUACUAUAAGCAUGUCUAAUAAAUUAUAAGAAUAAUAGUUUUAUUUUAGAAUAUUGAAGAAUUUUCACUAUACCGGUAUAACAAAUAUACAUGGAGAGAAACAUAUAGAUAGCCAUCUUGCUUUGGUGAUCAAGUGGCCUAUGUAGAUACAUGUUGUACAAAGAAAGAUUUUAUUAUUAUUAUUAUAUACUGUAUUUAUAUUCUGAGGAAGAGGAGGAUUGCUGAUGUGGUUUGGGCAUUUAGAGAAGAUUAAGAGGGAUAUGAUGAUGGAAAGAGUGUAAAUCAGGAACAGAGGGUAGGAAGGUUAGGGGGUGUUCCAGGAAUGAUUGGAGGAAGUAGGGUAAAAGAAAUGAGUUUUAGGUGCCUGCACAUCCAGCAGGAUGAGAGCGUAUUUGAUAGGCAAGAAUGGAGACAAGUGGGUUUUUAAUGGAGGUGCUGUUGGAAUGUAAGUACAGUAACAUUUAUGAAGGGAUUCAGAGAAACCUGUUAGCCAGACUUGAAUCCUGGAGGUGGGAAGGGCAGUGGCUGUACUCAAACUAGGGGUGAGGAUAUUGUAGUCAGCACACUUCUGGCAAGACAGCUUUUGAAUGAAUGAUGGUGAAUUAGUUUCCUGAAGGUAUAAAUAAAGCCCCUUAUAUUUAUACAUAGUAGAACACGAUAAUCUUAAAGUGAUUGGGGCCAAGGGUAACUCGAGAGAUCACUGUUUUCUGACCUAGAUAAGUUGAUAAUCUCUUGUAUACAUAUUAAAUGAAGAAAUGUGUAUUUACCACUCAUUGUAGUAGUUGUCCUCUUCCUAAAGUUGUACAUAUGAGGUAGAACAUUUUAAUAUCUGGUGUAGACAGAGUGGGAACUGCAUAAUUUUAUUGUUAUGCAUGAUACAUUGAAGUGUUGCUAGGUUAGGCCGAAAAUUAAAUAUUUACUCUUUUAGUUGUUUUAAUACAGGUCUUGUAUAUAGACAGUGAAUACAGUUCUGAAGCGUUUGAAAUGGAGAACAACGUAAUAUUAUGUAAUUGAUAAAUCACAGCAGGUUCAAAUGAAACACUACAUCUUGGUAUAUCAGGCAGGCAUCCAUGCUCUUACAUGUCAGUUUUAUGUCUAAUAAAACUAAGUCAUUGAUUCCAUGACAGUGUGUAUGUUUAGUUGGAAAUGGGAUGUGGAAUGCUGAUAAAUCGUAAAAAAAAAAAACCACUAGUUCUAGUUGCAGUAGAGUCCUUCAUUGGUACACUUUACCCAUGGGUGGGCUUUAUUGGUAUGCUUUACCUCCGAGUGGGCUUUUUCAAGUGGCCUACAUAUUUCUUUUAACAUACCAGCCGUCUCCACCAAGGCAGGGUGACCAGAAAAAAAAAAAAGAAAAAUGCUCGUGACUCAUUCUUAUCACUGUCC